GUAGGCUUGUCCGGUCCUUCGUUCGAUUCAUGGCAUUGGGACCCAAACCAGUUUGUAGGGGUGGGCAUGAGGCAGCCGGAAGUGGCGACGAAGCCGUAGGAGGAGGAGGAGGAGAAGGAGGAGAAGGAGGAGAAGGAGCAGUAGGAGAGUACCCCCCCAUCAACUCAACCGCGAAUGGAUCGAUCCUCUACUACGUCCUCGAAGAGAAGUGCGCGAUCGGCGGCGGUCGGGACUUCGCUCAUUACAACGUGUCAUAUAGAAAGGUGGAGCUUGGCGAGCAGCUGGGGCAAUCGUCGGGAUCGGGGUGCCCAGCUCCGGCUGGGUCAGUCAGCAGCUUCCCGGCUCCGCAAGGACAAGGUUCCUCCGACGACGACGACGACGACGACGACGACGACUCGUGGGCGCCGACAGCAGGAGAACACCUCACCUACUGGUGGCCAGCUAAUCAGUCCGACGGUCCUCCUCCUCCUUCCAUCAACUUCCACAAUCUGACUGUCAGCCCGGCAAUGGCGGAGAUCCGUGGCAUGGAAGUUUCUAAAAAUGGUGGCCAUCUCAUCUUGACCACGGAUGGCAGGGAUGGCUAUGUCUUCGGCCCAAGGAUCACCUUCGUGUCAACGAUCAACGGCUCUCGAUUCUCCGUCGCUAUGUUCAAUCGAUCUACGGAGAGCCUCAAGAGUCUGUCGUUCAAUCCGAACACCACAACGCUUUACGUCUUGCGGGUCGCUCAAAACGACUCCUAUCUUCUUUCCGCAAAUCUUGCUCCAUCCCCAAGAACAACAGGAGGAGGAGGAAGAGGAGGAGGAAGAGGAGGAGAAGCAGAAGGAGGAGGAGGAGGAGGGUCUCUGGCAGCACCGACAGCUGCGCGAUCUGCUCCUUCAGCUGUGGACUACGCCGAAGAUCCGCCUGUUUUCAACGCCUCCACCGUGUUCGAAACGGUGCAUACCUUUCCGGGAACGGGCAGCGAAGGGGCAACGAUCAUUCAGCCGAUGUUUGGCCCGCACAGCUUUGCUGCAGAGUGUUUGUACUUUGUCGACACCAAUAACUUGCGCCUUUGGGCGUUGAAACAUGACGACAAUGGUCGUGUCAAUCCUCCCGUUCCCAUCGCUGGCGCAGGUAAGGGGCGUGCUGGCACAAGGAACCCAGAUGAGUAUCUCCAGCGGAUCCAGGGCGAUGCCCGCACUGAAGAUGCCGUCUUCUCGGACUUGGAAGGCGUCGUCGCCACCAGCGAUGGCUGUAAUCUCUUCACGUUGGAGAAUUUUCUCGCUGGGCGAAUACGAUGGAUCAAGCUGAUGUCUCCUUGCCAGGGAGCUGGUCUCGUCGAGACAGUUGCCACGAUGAACGUGGAUUCGCGGACGAAUACUUCGGGACCUACGGUGCUCCAGCCAGGCGGCGAGAACAGCAAACUGCCAGCGUCAAUUGCGCUAAGGGAAGACGGAUCCGGCGUGCGAUUGCACGUGGGGACAGCCAAGGGGGAGAUCUUCGAGGUGGAGAUCGACAGGUCCAGACUGCACAAGUGCGGACGGAUCCCGAUCUUCGGAGUCUCGACUUAUCGCCAACCCCCUAAUGGUCGGAACUCCUCGCUGAGAACCCCCGGCGCUGGCGGCAGCGCUGCUGAUGGUGGGAGCGGCGGCGCAACCAACUCCUCUGUCCCCUCCGCAUCGAACUCACCUGGUAGCCAUCACGGUCGGCGCUCCAGGGCCCAUGAGUUAACGCUCAGGAUCGUUCUACCCAUGGCAGCUAUCUUGUCUGUGAUCAUCGCCGGAGCGCUCGUUGCGCUCACCGAGCGCAAGUCUAGCACUCACCGCCAGCGGAACGUAGGCGCAAGCAGUAAAGGUCUGAGCUUUCCCGAUCACAAGGCAGGGACGACGAGGUGGGGGACAGCUGAGAGUCUGGAUCGCGAUUACGAGAUGAUGAUGUCUGCGGCUGCACGCAGAGAGAAGGUUCCUGACGGAGGAGGAGGAGGAGGAGGAGGAGGAGGAGGAGGAGGAGGCAGUGUGAGGUCGGUGAGCAGCCAGAAGCUCGGCAGCGAUGGCGGACGAAAAACGCAUCGCGAUCGCCGUCGAAGGGAGGAGAAACGAGCCCCUACUCCCUCGCACAGGCCAGAUGACCGCGCUGCCGUCGGGAAAGACCAGCAGAAUGCAAGACGUGGGCCCCCCAAGCUAGAUGACUCCAAACGUAGGUCAUCAAUCAGCUCGACGGAGGAAAUCCAGCCCGCCACGCCUACUUCUCAAAUGCAGACGGUGAGCUCUGCGACUGAUAGCGUGCGAGAAUCGGAGACGGUAGCAAGAGGAUGACAGGCCAUACUGAUUGCCCCCAUCUGCUUGAAAAGCGGCAUCCGUUUCGUCGUUUUCCGUC